GCGCGUGAAGUUCCCUCGAAGUUGCAAGUGGUUCGGUGAAAUGGAUUCAUACGCAGCGUAUAGAAGUGAAUAGAUCCGAAAUAAAUCAUAUAUAAAUCCGAAAUAAACCGCCUCACAAUGAGCAAGAAGAUGUGGCAAAAGAUCUUCAAAUCCAAAUCGCAGAAGCCGCAGCCUCUGGGCAAAAUCAACAAGCGACACAGUCGCAUCGUUUAUGAGGAGUACCAGCAAUUAAACGAUCUGCUCGCCGGUGAAAAUGGGCAGCUCAAUUUCAGCAAUGAAAAGGAAAAUGAGCAUGAAAAUGGAAAUGGGAAUGGAAAUGGGCCCGUCUGUGGAAAUGGAAAUGGCAGCAGCAGCAGCAACAGCAACAGCAACAGCAACAGCAACAGCAACAUCAACGUUUUCGAGCAGCAGCCGCUGCAAAGUUCUUUCAACUCGUUGGAGUUUAGUGAGGCGCAUCAGCUGCAGCAUCUGCAGCAGCCAAAGCAGCAGCAGCAACAGCUGUCAACGUUUUCGCGCGUUCGCAACACAUUUUCCCUCAGAAGAAACAGCAAAAAGCUGGCCCAUGUUAAGCCAAGUGAGUCGGAUAAGUCGGAUGAGGCAGCAGCAGCCAUCGCAGAUGAAGCAUCAGCCACGUUAACUAACAAUAAGCCAGGCAAUCAGCGGCAACGCAUCGUAAUUGUUGUCAAUAAGAUCGAUGUGGCCACUAACAGUCCGUCUAAUCAUUUGCAUGCCAAUCCCACAGCAAAAACAACAGCAGCACCAAUUAAAUCAACAACAAGCAGCACCACGGAUCCCGAGGCGGAAGAACCGAUGCGGGGCGCGGGGGAUGACCCGCUGCCCCCGCCGCCACUGACCUCCGGCUCGUCCCUUCCGGUGCCGGAGUACGUUCCGGAGCAGACCAAGCAGCUGACCCCCUGCCCCUGCUGCAGCCGCACCUUCGUCGUGGACGCCCUGCGCAAGCACGUCGUCAUCUGCGAGAAGUCCUCCAAGAAGCGCAAGAUCUUCGAUUCCUCGAGACAGCGCCGCGACGGAACCGCUCUGUCCACCUACGUGCUGCCCAAGAACUUUGGCCUCCCCAAUGCGGAACGCACGGCGGGAUUGCCCUCUCCUCCGACCUCCAGUCGCGAGGCCAUGACCACAUCGGUGAAUGCUGCGCCACCAGAGCCGGUGAACUCUCCUCAGCCAGUUCGUCGCAAGUCGCAGUCCGAAGUGGUUCGCUCCACUGCCCGCGCCUCUCUGCGCAAGGCGGCCUCCACACUCUCCUCCAACUCGGCGUCAGAGGCUCCAGCUGGGCCACCUGCUGCUCCGGCUGCUCCCCCGGUCCGCGAGAGAUCGCUGGCCAGGCGGAUCAAGGCACCCGCCUGCGAUCGCUGCCCCCACUGCGAACGCACCUUCAAUCCAAAGGCCUUCGACCGCCACGUGGAGUGGUGCAAGGAGAAGGCCAUCCUGAACAACAUCAAGUCCACCAAUAGCCAGGAGACCAGCAAGGCCAAGGAGCGCCUGGAGGCCAGGAAGCAGUACAAGCCUCCGAAUCUGAAGACUAAGAGAUCUCUGGCCCGGGACAAGUACUCUGGAAACCACGAGGAGCUCCUGGAGGCGGGAGAGAUCGCGGCACCCAAGCCAAGUAUGAUGUCCCUUUCGAUGACCUCGUCCGUGCACAGUGACAACACACAAACUCAAGUUGCAAGACCCCGAACCUCGGCAGGAUCAGGAGGAGGAGGAGGUCGUGGCAAAGCGAACUCAUCGGUCACCCAGAACCAGGUGAGCCUGUACCAAGAGGACCCCCCAUCCUCACCACCUCCAAGGGAACGCGCCUUAGUGCGUCCCUCCAAGCGAUCCAAGCCAGAAUCCUGCAGCGAAAUCGACGAUACCAUGGAGCGACUCAGGACUGGAGAUGCCCUCCAGUUGGCCAAGCUCGACUGCGUGGAGGCGCCAGUUCUUCGACCAGCCGGACGCCGCAGGAGCGGAUGCAAAGUUGAUAAAAUCGAUGUGGGUGAUAAGGAGAUCAGCCUGCCCCAUCUUCCACAAGUAACCAUGACUUUCGACGAGCUCAAUGGGUUGAUCAAGCGCAAAGGCGGCAAGCCCAUCUGCAAUGUGGAGAUGGAUGACCAGGAAAUCGCUGGUCUGGCCUCCAAACACCGCUCCUCCAAGUCGCUGGUGCGACAGGCACGUCGUCGCAUUUGCACCACGGAGAAUCCCAAUCUGGAGUUCAGAGCUUUGCAACAGGGUUCGGUGGUGUCUAAGGACGUCCAGUUUGCAUCCCUGGACUCCAGUUUGGUGCCCCUGCAGCGAAUGCAACGCAAGGUGUACUCUGGAUCCGAGGAGGAUUCCCCGAGGGCGGAGAUCCAGAUCAAACUGGAGGCCACAACCAUGCGCACAGUGCGCCGGCCCACAAAGAGAUCAGGUCAGGUUGCCCAAAUGAACAGCAACUCGGAACCUAUGCGAGCUUUGCCCAUGCCAGGAUUAAGGCAGAGUCUGGAGGCCAUUAAUCAGUCCAUGGGGCAGACGGUUCUCCCAAAACUAGAGCUGGGUAACGAGAGGGAGGAAUACGAAACGGAGGAGACAGAUGAACCUGAUAACUAUACCAGUGAUCUGGAGGAUGAGUAUGAAGAGAAGGAGGACCCUAUAAUGCGAGUUGCCAAACUACUCGAGCUCGCCAAGUCGAUGUCCAAGAAGAAUGCUGAAUUGAAGCAGGAAAUACAAAUUGAAGAAGAGGAGCACGAGCAGGAGCAGGAGCAGGAGCAGGAGGAGGACGAGGACGAGGACGAGGAGGAAGAGGAGGAGGAAAAGGAAGAGGAAGAGGAGCGUCCCCUGAAGCUGCCUCCUUUGACCAAACAGAAUAGCAACGUCAGUCGUCGUCUGGUGCUCCUUGAGCAGGAUGAGAAUGGCACCAUGUAUAUCAAGUCUGCUCCUAAUUCUAAGCGCCGUUCGAAUAGCGGCCUGGGGGACAAAUACGAUCCCUUCCUCUCGGCCAAGCGACAGCUGGAGGAGCUCUGCUCGCCCAGCACGCCGCCGCCGGAGGAGGAGGUGACCGCCACCACCACAACUACAAACACUACCAUCAGAACACCAAAAACACCUACACCCAGUAUAGCCAUGACCACUUCUUUGACCACGUCGACGAUUAAGCCAGCGCAGAUUGCCCAGAAGACCACGCCGGGCUCCAAUUUCCGACGCACUUCAUCGCUUAGGGGUCCCCGUCGCACGCCCAUGCUAAACAGUCGCCCCCUGUUCGCCACCAACUAUCGCCCCACCAUUCAACGGGGUCUCUCCGAUGAGGGUCCCAUCUCCACCAACUUCCUGAAACCCGAGGAGUUCGACGAGAUGCCAGUGAGGGCAGCCUGCGGCAAUGAUUUCCACAGUCCGCGGGUGGUGCGUCGGGAUACGAGUGCCUCCAACCGCAAGCAGCUGCUCAAGCUGCCAGUGGGCUCAGGGAGCAACGAACCGUCAUCCCAGGCCGGACGCAAUGUGGCCAAGACGGACUCCCUGGCCGUGUUCCUCAAGUACGAGCACGAGCUGGAGCAGCUAAAUGCCAAGGCGGCGGAGCUGGCAGCCGCCAGUCAGUUGACCAGCAAGGAGCAGAAGGACAAGAGCAACACGCUGAGUAAGCAGAACUCGGCCAAGAGCCUGGGACAGAGCACUCCCACGCAGUUGCCUCCAUUGACUCCAACGACGGUGCCGAAAUCGCCAAGUGGUGCGGUCAAGGAGGUGGCCAGCUAUCCACCGGUGGCCACUCCCUUGCGACUGGAGCCCAUCAGUAGUAAGCCAGUGAUGAACAUGAAUCCUCCAGCUCCUCUCACACCCAUAAAGCUGGAGAGCAUCUUUGGUCCCAGGAGGGAAACGACUUUUGGGUCGGGAGGACCAGUUACAGCAACACUUCCAGGCGACUACAUAGAUCCCAAGCUGAUAAACGCCUGCGAUAAUCUGCAUGUCAACAGCGGCAUAUCCUCGGACGCCAGCUCCACGCCCCAGCAGUUGUCCCAGAGCCGCAGCCGGAGCAGCUCCCAGUCCACCAUCACCCACGAACGCAGGCAAUCCGGCGAGGCCAGGAACCUGCUGAAGCGCAAGAUGCGACUGGGACGCAACCAGUUUCUGUACGACGCUUCUCCCGAAGAUGCGGACGCCUCCUCGGGCUGCUCGGCGGACGACGAGGCCAACCGCUCCUCCAUGGAGUACGACGAGCAGUGCUGGCAGCAGCAGCAGAAGCAGCUGCUGGCCAAUCCGCUGCCGCUGGUCAUGCCCAUGGUGCACAACGCCAUGCCCACCUUCGACGACUUCGACUUCGAGGAGUUCCUCUCCUCAUUCGAGAACGAGAAUGAGGACGAGCAAUUCCCGCUGUUCAAGGACUGUCGCGAGUUCCUCAUGAAUCGCUCGACGAGCAGACAACGCUCGUUCCAGAAAGCGACUUCGACGCCACAGACGACAGUCACAGCCACACAGCUCAGCGCACAGCCACACGGUCUCCAGUCCAAGAUUAAAGACAAUCACCACGCCCACAGGUCUCAACAGGAUCCCAAGAUGCCCGAAGAGCGACUGCAGCGCCAGCAGUCGAAUGCCUCGAGGGCCAGCAGCCAGGAGGAGAAGCAGAGCCGCCUGGAGUUGGAGAAGCGGGCAGCCGCCGAGGAGCACCAGCAGAAGCGGGAGAUCUUUAUCAGCAUUGAGACGGAGACCAAUGCCCAGGGCCGCUCGCCCAUUUCGCCCGAGUCACUGCGCCACAUGGUCGGCAACGCCCAGACGCCCAUCGAUGUGCUGCACAUUGAGAACGGAAUCGAGCCGGAGCACGCCAGGUUCAGCAAGAUCAGCGACACGGAGGAUGCCUGCGACGAGCCCGGGGAUCGGGCCAGCCAGGCCACCAAUCGACUGGCCCCAUCCUCGAGCGGCUCCGCUUUGGCGCCCAACGUGCAGCUGAACAAUGCCAAGAACCUGAUUCAGCAGAUGCAAAGCGAUUUCCGGCAGAUGGGCGAGGAGGCCAGUGUCUCCAUGCGGCGCAUGCUCAUUGUGGGCAACAAUGGCGGACGAGCAGGCGAGGAGUUCAGGGAUGCAAAUCCAGGGGGUCCAGGUCAGGGUCAGGGUCAGCAGCCGCAUCAUCAGGUUAAGGCCAACUCUCCACUGACGCCUUCGCCCUCGGCGGACUCGGAUGAGCUGAGCAGUCUGGAUGGCUAUCCCAUGUCCUCGUCGCACGGUUCACGUCGCGGAGCCAGCUCCAAGCUGAGCUCGGAUUCGGCAUAUGGAAGUAGCAACUCACCUUAUAGCUUGUCGCGACAGCGCUCCACGGAACUUCAAACGGGGUCACCUCGUGGCCAGGGACUCCUGCGUCCGCAUACAGCCAGUGCCAAGCUCCCCGGCUGCAUGAUGGAUGCCUCCACGCAGGCCCAAACCGACUAUGGAACUCUAAAGGCUCGCCAGCGGCUCUUUGCCCCAGACUUUGGGAACAACAAUGGGGCAGGUUCCGAGUCCUGCAGCAGUGGAUCCGACCACUCCUUUGCAGCGCAGCCGAAUCCGCAACAGCAGCAGCAGCAGGAGACGAGCAACUACAACUACCAGCAGCAGCAGCAGCAACAGGAGACCGGCAACUACAACUACCAGCAGCAACAGCAGCAGCAGCAGGAGCAGGAGCAGGCCCAAUCCCCACCAGCUUACAACAACAACAACAACAACGACAACAACAACAGCGUACCGAUGACACCCACCACAUCUGAGCACUCCCUGAAGAGCAACUCAUCCACGAGCGAAAGUAAAAAGAUGUCGAACUUCUGCUAUGAAUGUGGCUCGAAGUUCAUCAUUAAGAGCGCCAAAUUCUGCAUGGACUGCGGUGUUAAGCGGGUGAAACUGUAGAUUAACUCCACGUAGCCAUUGUUUUUUCGUAGCUCACACCUUUCACAAAUCACAGAAAUCCUCGAAAUCGGAACACGGAACACUAUAACCCGGAAGACACUCGCCCCCAAGACGAAGACGACUGUCUGGAUCGAUCUUAAGGGGUCCAAAAUAUAUACCAAAUGUAGUUGUUAAACGCAGCAGUUUACUGAUAUCGUUAACUCCGCUUACAAACAGAAAAAUAAUAAUAAUAUAUUUUUAAUACGAACCAAAACAUGCAAAACAAAGGUUUUAUGUCGAACAAACUUUAAUUAAUCGAACUAAACUUGGCAUUUCUCUCGUAAACAUAUUUUCUCAUCUUCGAUUGCUUAAAAAAAACGAAAAAGCGAACAAAAAACGCAACUCAACGUAAACAAAUAAACACUUUAACAAAGUUGUUGAUUAACAAAGACUGAACGAAUUUAAACGGUAGAGCGUUGAAAAAAGUAUAUAUAUGGAUUAUGUAACGUGACAAGAGCGAUUCUAUUUUUAAACAUUUUUCAAAAACCUAACGCAGCAACUCCAUUGUAUUUGUAUUUUGUAAUCGUUUUACUAAUUAUAUAGACACUUCUUAAAUAUAUAUAUAUAUAAUACGAUAA